AAAUGGGAGACGCCGCCGUGUGUUUACAAACGGAUUAUUAAUACCUCACCACAAGUUUAGAAGUGCUACUCAACGUUUGAUAAUGAGACGCGGUUUGUUUUACGGAAUUACCAGUUUGAAACAUCCUCGAGAAUGUUUAAGAUCUCGUGUUUUUCGGGUGUUUCGGUGUUUUUCGGAUGCCGCUCUGGAUCCAUUGAAACAGUGGACUUUCACAGUCAGUCCUUUUAUUAAAAUUAGUGUCAAUGUGCACUGUAAUGUCUCAGUACAGCCCCUGGAUGCACACACGUGUCCUGGAGCGGACCGAGUGUUUGUUGCUGUACGUGGGCGCAGCGGUGAUGACGUCACGGCCCACGAGGCACUUCAGGUUCAUUAUAAUAAACAAAACAAGGAGCUAAAAGUCAUCAGCGACCAGGCUGUCAACAAUAAUCUGUUGAUAGAUAUCACAUCUCCCAUUAAUAGUGACCUUUGUGUUGUUAGUCGUGGAAAUGGCAGUGUAAGGAUCCAGAAUAUGGAAAAUGAUCUGUGUCAGGUACAGAUAGAAAAUGGUCACUGCAUCCUUCAGUCAGUCAAGAGUCACAAAGUGCAGGUACAGUCUAGCGGAGGUAACAUCACUGGUAUGGGCACUAUCCAUGGAGAUGUGGAGAUAAUCACUGCAGGACCUAGUAGAGUCGAUAUUAAGAAGGUCCAGGGCACGUCCAUAAAUAUGUCUACAGAACACGGUCAACUAAAUGUGAAAGCCGUGUAUGCUGAGUCCAGUGCUGUGGCUUCUUGUUCAGGGAAAAUCCAUAUUGGGCAUGUGCACGGUGAAGCAUUUGUGAAGAGUGACACAGGAGAUAUCAUCAUAGAUAGCUCUAGCAGUGUCCUGACAGCAAGCUCUGAUUCUGGAAACAUUGAUGCCCAUGUGAGCCAAACAGCAGAACUUCAUACAAAGCAAGGUUCUGUGAGCGUCCGUGUGCCGUCCACUUUGAAAGCCUGGGUUCGGUUGUGUGGCAUGGCAGUGGAUGCUAGUUCAGAGAUUGCUCAGAAAACACUAAUCAAAUCAUCUGAGGGAAAAACUGUACUAACUGGGCCACUGAAUGGUGGCACUCAGGAGGACUGCUGGAUUAGUGCCACUGCUGACAGAGGCGCUGUGAACAUCAAGACCCAAAGCUGGUUUGAGACGCUUAAACUGGGGAGUUGAAUGAGGAUUCACCAAUAAAUUCAACAUAAACAAUAUUAUGUAUGAUUUUAUUUCUGCUUUUUUUAUGUGUAAAGUGUAUUAUUGCUGUUUAUAGAGAUUUCAGGAAAUAAAUCACAAAUAUAUCACA